CUGCGCUCAGACCCAAUCGAGCUCAGGUCCAGAGCGCAUUGACAGCGGCGAUGUACAAGUAGCCUACUACCAUCGAAAGCGCAGCCUCUUUUACUGUAUUCUUCAGAAGAAAGGAUGCGGUGACGAUGGAACAAGCUCUGUAGUAGCCUACUGUACAACAAUUCCAAUCCGGAUUUAGUGAAAUCCUCAACAGUCUCUACCAGAGCAUUGUUGUAAUCGGCUCCUGAACAGAGGGAACACCCCGUCUUUCCAAUCAGGUUUCAGAUUUGAUUCUUCACCUUGCUUAGAGAGGACAGGCACUCUGGACUGUAUUCGGAGCUGAGAGAAGGCUGAGGAGUUUGGAGCUGCUCUGAGCUGAAAGCCUACAAAUUAAAUAUGCCAGCCUUGCUCUAGUAUUUUUCAUUAUUUUUGUUUUAUUUUAUACCUAUUACACAGCAGGACAUGGUGCAUAUGACAACUGUAUUUAUCCAGUAACCUAAUAGUUUGAAGGUAUCACUUUUCGAAUGCCAACUCAACAAUGAACUCUAAUGCAGGGCCUUACCGGCACAGCGCCUACGGAGGCAGCCCGAGCGGCAACAGCGGGCGUGGCGCCGUGACCAUCCACUGUCUCCGCUGCCGGGAGGUCUGUAAGGGAGAGGUGGUUCGUGUGCAGAAUGUCCACUUCCAUGUCAAGUGCUUCACCUGCCAAGUGUGUGGCUGUGACCUGGCCCGUUCAGGCUUCUUCCAGAAGGGAGGAGAGUACAUCUGUACAGAGGACUACCAGCGCCUCUAUGGCACCAAGUGUGACAGCUGUGAAGACUUCAUCACAGGGGAGGUGGUCUCUGCGCUGGGGCGUACCUACCACCCCAAGUGUUUCGUCUGCAGCAUGUGCAGAAAGCCUUUCCCUAUCGGAGACAGGGUGACCUUCUGUGGGAAGAAGUGUGUCUGUCAGCAGUGCUCCCAUUCGCUGGUCAGCAACGCGCCGGUCAAGAUCCACGGACCCAGCCACUGUGCAGGCUGUAAGGAGGAGAUCAAACAUGGCCAGUCUCUCCUGGCCUUGGAGAAGCAGUGGCAUGUCAGCUGCUUCAAGUGUCAGACCUGUGGCACUGUGCUGACAGGGGAGUACAUCAGCAAGGAUGGUAUUCCGUACUGUGAGACUGACUACCACACCCAGUUUGGAAUCCAGUGUGUGACGUGUAACAGAUACAUCAGUGGCAGAGUGCUGGAGGCAGGGGGAAAGCACUACCACCCCACCUGUGCCCGUUGUGCCCGCUGUCUCAUGAUAUUUACAGAAGGAGAGGAGAUGUACCUGACAGGUUGCGAGGUGUGGCAUCCUGUGUGUAAACAAGCAGCUCGAUUGGAGAAGAAACUCAGAUUCAGACGUACCUCGGAGGCCUCCGUAUCCCCCCCUGGAUCCAGCAUCGGCUCCCCGAGCCGCAUCAUCUGUGCCAAAGUGGAAAACGAGGUCCUAAAUUGCAAAGAUCUGGCCCCACUGCAUAAGAUUAAAACUAUUUGUGACGUGCAGCGGCCCGAUCUCAUUCCCUGUGAGUCUUAUCACAGAUACUCCUCUGAUGACAGGCUAGAACACUACAGCUAUGGGGAGUCUCUGGGAACUCUCUCUCCAAACUCUCAGGACGUCUAUGACAGCGUGGAGCUGAGACAGAGGCGCUCCUCCAGCCCAGGCUUCAAUGACUCUCCCACCUACAGCCGCCAGGGCAUGUCUCCCACCAUGUCCACCUCCUGCUCCCCACAGCACUGCUUCCGCCCCGGCACUGAGAGUAGCAGGAGCUCUCUCUCUUACAGUCAGCUUGACACCAGGUCUACCACGUCCACCACCUACCAAGCCCCCAAGCAUUUCCAUGUGCCAGAUGAUUCUAACUACUCAGCCACUAAGAGUAAAACCAGCAACAUCCUCCAGACUUCCCUGUUUCCCGACACGUACUCUCCUGACCACUACCACCAGCAGUCUAACCACUACCCCUACACUCCCUCUCCCAGAGCUACUCGUGCCCGGAGGUUUUCCUCAGGUGGAGAGGAGGAUGGGUGGAAUCAAAGUCUUAACAGACUCCAAGGUGGUAUAGGCCGUAUGAUUCUGAAGGAGGAGAUGAAAGCCAGGUCUGGUUCCUAUGACAAUGACCCGUGGAGCAACGCACGGAACUCCCGCACCAACUCUCGUAGCAACUCCCGUAGCAACUCCCGCAGUGGCAGCAAAGAGGCCCUGCAAAAUGUGGGCUACAGCAACACUGUCAACGGAUCUCCCACCAGAUCCCACUACAGUACAGACAGUGACUCCUUCAUCUCCAAGUCAGCCUCGUUGCCAGGGUAUGGCAGGAACGGACUGCACAGGCCCCAGAGUGCAGAUUAUUUCCAGUACGACAGCAGCAGUGCAGUUAACUGGGGAAUCAGAGAAUACAAAAUCUACCCAUAUGACGUGUUGGUAGUCACCAUAAGGAGGCAGAACCAGCCCCCCAAUGACGUGGACAGAGCCAGACUAGAGCGCCACCUGUCUCCUGAGGACUUCUACCGGGUGUUUAGGAUGACUAUGCCUGAUUUUGACCGACUGGCAAUGUGGAAGAGAAACGAGCUCAAGAAACAAGUCCGACUGUUCUGAAAGGACCAGACUGUAGAAGCUCAGUAUAGCAGCCUGCUGGGCUUAACGUUAGAGGGGCCUGAGUCCUCACUGAGAGCCAUAAUAACCCGUCUGGGUAGCCCUCGAUCCAUCAGGUCAGAGUCACAGCAGAACCAGAACUAAAACGAGCUUGGGUUCUAGCCAUAGAAAUAUAAUGAGUUGUAAUGAUAUAGUUCUGUUGUUCCAGGACAUCCUCUGGGCCCGAGAAACCCAGCCAGCCUGAGUCUAUACAUCAAUAAGAUAUCUCUGGAGAAAGUGGAGUAACAGGCUCCUCCUCCUGAGCCAUGUCUGUUUGUGGGAGGACUAGACCAGGCUAGUUCUGCCUAUGCUUUCAGUAUUAUGUGUUUGCUUUAUUAGAAGGAGUUUAACUAUAGUUCUUGGCUGUCAUGUCAUUUUCAGGUUGCUGGUUUGGACAGCCUCUGAGACAUUAUCUUAUGAUCAAGCAGGAAAGAGAGAACAUCAGCAAACUGUCCAAACAGAACGUGCUACCAGAUAAACUCUGUCCUUGCUUUCUUUACUCUAAAUAUAUUGUUUCAUUCACUUUUUUUUUUUUUUUUUUUUUUUUACAUUGAGACUUAAACUUUGUAUUUCUUAAUAGAGUGAGGGUUCACCACGGAGUGAAAGGCUAGAUUGAUAUAUUGUGGUAGUACGGUUUAAGAAAAUGUGUGGAUCAUUGUGUGUUUACUGAAAAACCAAAGUAAUAUAACUAUCUUAAGAACCAAUUUGUUUGUUUGCUUGUGUUGUUUUGUUUUAGAUAGCAACAUGCUUAAAGAGUGACUGCCCCUAAAAAGCAACUUCUCUUUUUGAAAAUGGCCCAUGUGGCAUCGAUAUGAUUCAAAAUAAUUUAUUCAAGUGUUAAAAUUGACUACAAAGUGUAAAUAGGAUCGUUUUGGUCAUAAAGUCAGUCUCGUCCAAAAUCAGAGAUUUGUGAGAUAAUAUUUUAAAAAUUAUGUCACAGAAUGAAGGGUACCCUAACAGUUUUCCUUGGCCUGGGUUUAUUUCAAUUUGGUUUGACAUUUGAAAUCCCUAUGGGGCUAGUUACAUUUACAUUUAAGUCAUUUAGCAGACGCUCUUAUCCAGAGCGACUUACAAAUUGGAAAGUUCAUACAUAUUCAUCCUGGUCCCCCCGUGGGAAUUGAACCCACAACCCUGGCGUUGCAAGCGCCACACUCUACCAACUGAGCCACACGGGACCAUAGUUAAGGACCAUCAGUAAAUUACACAAUGUACAUGGAACAAUCAUUUAAAAUAUUAAUAGCUCCAAAUUUCAAUGACUUAAAAAAUUAAAAAGAAGAAGAAAAUGUACUACUUUAAAAUGAAGAUAGCAUGGGCAGAGCCUUUGAGGUUGUCACAGACACUAUAAUGGCACAUAUAGAAAGAUGAGUCCAUCUAUCACUAUGGCCUGUUGUUCGCACGCGUAUCUGCCCUCUCAUUGGCUAGAAUGGUCCCACCUGAUCUCGCCUACUCCCACCUGCUUUCUGUCUUUGAGGACAUGUAUUUCCAUUGUUAGAGCGGUCAAUCGACUAUCUUGUCAAUAUAAUAGACCAUUUUUGCUACGUGGGAACACACAAACAAAAGACACACACUUUAACCCCCCCCCCCGUUCGGCUUCAGUCAUGGCCUUCUUAAUGACCAAGCCAAAAAAUGAGGCCAACUCAGGAAGUUCAGCUCCCCUUUAAACAGACUGAAUGCAUGUUUCCAGAGAAUAUAAAACCAGCCUCUUGCCUACAUACUAACGGUUGAUUGAUUUACUAAAUUGAUGGGAAAGAUCCAAACAAUGUAAUGUAUGUAUUUGUCACGAUCGUCAUUGGGAGAGAGAGAGGACCAAGGCGCAGCGUGUAAAAAAUGCAUCUUCUCUUUAUUAAGGAGAUGACCAAACGAAGCAAAACAACAAAUCGAAGACCGUGAAACCAAAACCGACUAAAUGCAAAACAUGCAAACUUGACACAGACCUAGACACAGACAAUGACAAAAUCAAUGACCCAACAAACACAUGAUGCCUAUGGCCGCCUAAAAUAUGGCUCCCAAUCAGAGACAAAUGAAAGACAUCUGUCUCUGAUUGAGAAACCACUCAGGCAACCAUAGACAUACCUAGAAACCCUCACUAAACCAUAGACAUACCUAGACAUACUCACUCAACACAAAACCACACACACAAAACCCAACAACCCCUUAACCAUAUAAUCACCCAAACACAAACCUCCCCCAUGUCACACCCUGACCUAACAAAAAUAAUAAAGGAAACAAAGAUAACUAAGGCCAGGGUGUGACAGUAUUGGAGUUUUGGAUUAUUUAGUCUUAUCAAUUUCAAUUGAACCAAAGGGUUUCAUUUACAGUAAUGGAAUAUCAUGUUAUGAUUGGAUCUUGAAUUGUAUUCAGAGCUGGGAUUGUAGUUAGGAUAAAAGCUGACGUGAGUGACUCUUCAUGGGGAAACUUGAUCUGAUUCUAACUCAACACAUGGAGACAGAGAUAAUGAAUAGAGAUAUACAUUAAUUAGAUCGAAUCUGAACUGUUUCUGAAUAUAAAGGGAUGUAUCUGCCUGUGGAGGAAAGUGGAUUGAAGGGAUUGGAGACCAGAAGUCUGGAUUAGAGAUGAAAUAGAGGAAUGGAUCUGAAUUAGAUUACAACUGAAAGGGAUUGAAUGAACUCUUCCUUGAACAAUACCAAGGUGAGGAGGGAAUGAAUCGAGGUGAGAAGGGAAGGAAUUAAGGUUAGGGAAUUUUGUGGAUGUUGAAGUGGAAUUUAUUUGAUGAAAUUGUCCUGAUUGGUCUACGUGGAUACCAGUCCAAAUGACAACCAGGGUCCUGAUAUAAUUUUUUUUUUUAAAUGAUCUAAAUCAACUUAGGGGGUGAAAUGAUUACUGGUUGCUAAAUAAUUCACUAUAGUGUGCAUACAGUAGAACAAAACAUUAUCCUGUUGGGUUUUGAGGAGGUGACUCCUAGUUAUCUCCUGUUGGGUUUUGAAGAGGUGACUCCUAGUUAUCUCCUGUUGGGUUUUGAAGAGGUGACUCCUAGUUAUCUCCUGUUGGGGUUUGAAGAGGUGACUCCUGGUUAUCUCCUGUUGGGUUUUGAAGAGGUGACUCUUAGUAAUUCAAUAGAUCAUACAAUAUUCUUGGUAGCCUACAUGCAAAGCUGUCCUUUUUCUUUCAGUUGUAUUUGAAUGGUCUGGUAUGAGGUUGUGUGUCAUAGGAAAAGAUAGUUCUGGUUGUUAGUGUAUGCAGCACUGCCUUUAUCAGACUACUAUUAGUCAUACUGACUAGCAGCAGUCAUCUAGUAUAAAUAACUCUUACUGCCAUCUUUGUAAUGGCUGUUUGUUUUAUAGAUGUGUGUGUGUGUGUGUGUGUGUGAGAGAGAGAGAGUCGCAAAUUAUCGUACAUAUUUACAAUACUAACAGAAAUACUGGUUAAUAAUGUACAUACAGUACUUCCAGAAUUCACAAUCUCAUUUUUGAAUCUAUAUCCAUUAUAAAAGGUUUGGGAGACUUUUAAAUUUAUGUUUUCGUUUUGUAACUGUACAAAGCAAUCUGCAUAUUAUUUAUUUCAAUGUCAGAACUACUGCUCAACAAAUGACGUACAUAUUUUAUUUAAAUUAAAGCAGUUUACAUGUG